UUUUCGAGUCUUUCAUCGAAAAUUUUACAUCUCUAUGGGAUUAUUAUUUAUAAAUAAAUAGUAAUUUAAAGUUAUUGUUGUUGAUCAACACAAUGUCCGAAGAAAUAGUAUUUGACUGCCUUCAUGCCGAAAUUGUAAAUUAUUGUCUGUAUGGUAAUAAGGAAAACGAUUUCUCCACCCUGGAAUACAUAGGAUUCACAACAGGAUAUCGUCUCAUUGAACGUAUGACACGAGAUGUUCCCCGUUUCAAAGAUGAACUGGAAACGAUCAAGUUUAUUUGUACAGAUUUCUGGACAUCCAUUUACAAGAAGCAAGUGGAUAAUUUACGAACCAAUAACCAGGGAAUGUAUGUUGUCCAGGACAAAGCAUUUCGGUUUUUGACACGCAUUACACCGGGAGAAAAACAAUUGGAGCAUGCACCAAAGUUUGUUGCAUUCACUUGUGGUUUAGUACGCGGAGCUUUGAGCAAUCUGGGCAUAAAUAGCAGCGUUACAGCAGAAGUGCAAUGUAUACCAGCAUGUAAAUUUCACAUAGAAGUUAGUAGGGCUUAAUAGAAAAUAUAUUUACCAUUCCAAAAAAAAUACAAAGUGAAUAAAAUCUAUUUAGAAACAUA